AUGUCGGCAAAGAACGAACAAGGCAGGAUUGAUGUUACGCAGAAGAAUGUCUUCGAAAAACCCCUCCUCCAACACACCUCCCCCCGCUCCCAACCCUCCUACAUCCAAGACACCACCCUCAAAGCCGGCCUCUGCACAGAAGCCUCUCCCAUCGCGGCGACCCUGACAAGCGGGUUCCUCGACUUCGCCGCCUCGCGGGGGGUCGACCUGCGCGGGCAGGGCGUCGAGCAGGGCCAGCGGUGGUGCAUUGGCGCGAAUCGGUGGAAGCAGGCGCUUGAUAGUGGGAUUAAGGAUGUUCCCCGCGUGAAGCUGGAGAGUACGCAUGUUGGGGCGUUGAGGGUCGUGGGGCUGGAUGUUCUGAGGGGGUGGGCGGCUGAGCAGGAUGUUGGGGGGGGGACGGCGGUGCCGGGUCGGGGGAAGGGGUGGGUUAGGGAGAGUGGGGAGAUUGGGGGGAGGGAGCCGAGGGCUUAG